AUGGCUGGCGAAGACAGCCCUCCUGCCCCGAUCUUCACCUCGACGCCGCUCGAAGGCCCAAAGAGCUGGCAGAGAGCGCUCGUCAGGCGUGCGGAGGCGAUCCUCUUCGGCUUGGACCAAGCGUACCAGCCCUCCGGGCUGCCGCGGGUCGCCCCAGUGGUCACCUUCCAGCUGAUGGAGUGUGCAGAUGAUGCCAUUAAGGCGCUCUUCGCCGCCGACGGAGCCGGCCUGAAGGGAAAGGUGUCCAAAAAGAAGGCGCUCGCGCAGCUCCUGUGCGACAUGGUCGGCGCGCCGAUGCUGUCGCCGGAAGAGGCCGAGGCUGCGGGCGCGCGCCGGCGCGGCGCCAUCUACUCGGGCUUCCUGCCAGAGACGAGCACGCCUCCGCCGCCGCCUCCCGCCCCGACGCCCCGUGGCAUCGAGGGGUGGGAGGAACGGGCCUUUGUGCGGCGGGUGAUGGAGAGCGGCGGGAGCGGCGGCCGCGCCCCUCGCGACCCGCUCGCCACCGAGUACUUGGUGGGCCGCAUCCGCGAGCUCGAGAAGCGGGUGGAGGAGCUCGAGUUUAAGGUCAAGGACGCCGACGACCACAGCAAGUCGGUGCAGGAGGUCUCGAUUCUGCGGCAGGCCGAGGCGCAGGAGUACUGUCGCAAGGCCGCGAUGUCGGCCGAGGACGCCCACAUUCUCCUCGAGCUGGCGUCUCGCUGCGGGAAGAGGAUCCACCAGGCGUACGUGCAGAUGGCGGAGACGGCCUUCAGCCGCGACGCGUGGGAGGAGGACCGCGCGAUCAAGAGCGAUUGGCUUGACGCUCUGCAAGACGUGUCGCACUUUAGGUUCCUCUGGGCCCCCUCCGCCCUGAGGUAUUGGUCGGGGAUGGAGGAGGUAGAGGAGAACUACACUGCCCUGAGGGAGAGGCUGGCUGCUGCGCUGGAUAAGCCGUUCACUCGCGUGGAUCUUGGCUCCCUUCUGCCGGGUUGGGAGUGGCAAGACCCCGAAACCGGGUCGUGGGACGGUGUCCCGCCGGGGUCCGGGGAGCGCGUUUGA